AUGUACAAAAGAAAAAAAAAAGAAAACUAUCGUAACUUUGUUCAGUCCAUAAACUUUCACACUAACCCCACUUAUGUAUGGAACACGGCAAAAAUCUUGAAAAAUAAAUGGAUCAAAGCCACACCCUCACACACGUCCGAAAAUCUACAAAAUGACAAGAAAGAAACGGCUCUGAAUAAAAUAUGUCCUGCAUGGGUACCUCGCGAUAAAGACUGGAUGCCUUGUUGCAACAAAAAUGAAUUUUUGGAAACUGAAUUCACCUUUGCUGAACUUAAUCUCGCGCUAGAAUCGCGUAGCGAUAAAUCUUCCCCUGGUCUCGACGGAAUCGACUACUACACCCUAAAAAAACUAUCACUUAAAUACAGACUGGUUCUCAUUGACAUAUUUAAUGAAAUGUAUCGCACCGGUGAUUUUCCAGAAGACUGGAAAAACACGUAUAUACACUUUGUUAAAAAGCCGGACGGAGUAAACUUUAGACCUAUAGCGUUAACCUCAGCAGUAUGCAAACUCUUUGAAACAAUAAUUAAAAAUAAAAUGCAGUGGUGGAUCGAGACGCAAAACAUUCUACCGAAAAGUCAAAACGGUUUUCGCAAAGGCCAAUCGAGCACAGAUAACAUCCUAAACCUUACUAUAACGGUACAAAAAGCUCUCAGAGAAAAGAAAGAAUUGUAUGGUGUAUUUUUAGAUAUCUCGGGAGCAUUUGAUAACGUUCUUAGUGAAAACCUGACUCAAAAACUAGCCAAUAUUGGAUGUCCUUACCCAUUAGUCAAAUUCAUUAAAUUUUUAACAUACGAAAGAUUCGUAUACUCUACCCUAUCGGAAGAAAUAAAACACACUUACAAAGGUGUUCCUCAAGGGGGAGUUCUUAGUCCACUACUGUACAUAAUAUACGUAUCCGACAUUCUCAAAAAGGUUCCAAAGACUAUAUCUAUCUCACAGUUUGCCGAUGAUAUAGCCCUAUACUCUAAAAAUAAAAAUUCGCUGCAAAGAACAAUUAAAAUCUUAGACGCUGAACUAACAGCAAUAGGUCUCGAGCUUGCUCCUCACAAAACUGUAUUUAUCAACUUUAACAAUCAAGCAAUUAACCCAGGCGAAACGGAAAUAGUAAUCAACAAAGAAUGCAAAAUAAAAUCAUCUGAAACAGUACGAUUUCUUGGCAUAAUAUUCGAUAACAAAUUGUCUUUCAAAUCGCAAAUCAACAACGUAGUAAGUAAAUGUAACAGAGCACUAAAUAUUUUAAAAUAUCUCUGCGGGACCUGGUGGGGAGCAGACCCAGCCACACUUAUAACGUUUUAUAAAAGUUACGUCCGAUCGAUUAUAGAAUAUGGAUGCUUUGUUUAUUAUCCCAUGCGCAAGGAGUUAUAUAAAAAACUAGAUCAUAUACAAAAUCGAGCCAUACGAUUAGCAUUCGGUUAUCGUAUAUCAACUCCCAUAAGCGUGCUAUUGGGUGAAUCAAAACUGCCAACUAUCAAGCAAAGAGCUAUAUAUCUUUGUAAUAUGUAUCUUUCGAAAAUAAGCAGCAACCAAAGUCUCCUUGUAACCCAAAAUAUAAACUUAUAUUAUCAAAGAAUUUUACACAAAUGCAAAAGAAAGCGAAAAAGAAUAUUUGAAACCCAACUGUGCAUUCUCAAAAACAAUACCCCAUCCUACUAUAAGACAAAUGCUUAUGGAAUAUAUGAACACACUUACGAAACAAUCACGACUAGUAUUCCGUUCAACAAAUGUACUGGUACCGAAAUAAAGGCAGCCAAGAAUCCUGCAGCUAAAUUUCACGAACUUAUUGGCAGUAAAAAUAUGAUAGAAAUUUAUACAGACGGAUGUAAAGAUAGGAAUAAUGAAUAUGUAGGAGCGGCAUGUAUUUGCCCUAAGCUGAACUUUGUAAUACAAAGAAAAAUGAAUCCUUAUACCUCAAUCUUCACAGCUGAAUGUAUAGCGAUAAGCGAUGCUCUAGACUUAGUAACUAAUGUACCUCACAAAGCAACAAUGAUAUUUACCGAUUCCUUAAGCGUACUCGAAAGUUUACAAAAUUGUAAGAUCGAUAUACGGACUGACCCACUCAUCUUUGAGAUUAAGAAGAAAUAUAAUGAGAUAAGCUCGAAAAUGAAUGGUAAGAUAUGUGUUCAAUUAUAUUGGAUACCUUCUCACCACGGAAUUCCAGGCAACGAACAAGCUGACAUAGCUGCAAAAAGUGCAACUAAUGAACAUGUAUGGGAGGAAAAAAAUGUCUCAUAUAUAAGCUUAAAAGAGCAUUUUAAAAAGACUAUGAAUGACAAUAUGGAAAUCAUUAUAAAUAAGAUGGGUACAGAAAAAGGGCAGAAUUAUUUUGAAAAUUUCCAUUCAAAACUCUCCAGACCUUGGUUUGAGCGUAAAAACCUUCCGCGAGAUCUUAUCGUCACAAUAAAUCGUUGCAGAGCAAAUCAUUACAACUUAUUAGCAUCUUUACAUAGAAUUGGGAUCGCUGACAAUCCUAUGUGUGAAUGUCAGACCUCAAACCAAGAUCUGGAUCACAUAACCUGGCAAUGCCCAUUUUAUGAUAACCAACGAUGCAAACUAAUUGAAAAAUUGUAUAGCAUAAACAUGUAUCUACCAAUGAGUACAGCAAUAAUCCUAAGCGAACCUAACAUAACAGCCUGUAAAUACCUUCUAGACUACUUUAAGGAAUGUAAACUAAAUGUCUAA